CCAGAAGGGAGAAGGCCUUCAAAGUUAGAAUUCAGUCACUAUCGUAGAUUGCUACAAGUGCAUAGAUAAGUUGAAGAUUAUCAUGCAUCUAGGCUUAGCGAAGACAACGUAAAUCCUUGAGUUUGCGCUGUUUGGCACAAAACCACGAUUGCUCGCGGCGGACACGGAGAACUUCAAGGAAGCCGCUUGACGCCUGGCAGCAAGUGAGCAGAUAGCCGCAGAGAGCCGAGCUCACCCAGCAGCAAGCGCGGUUCCCCUACCAUACGUCCCCAGCGGUGCACACACGUCUACUUGCCCCAACACGCCGUGCCUGUCCGACUGACGCAGUCGUGAUGGACGCCCGGGGCAAGGUCGCUCCGGGCCAGCCGCACGGCGUAACAGGGCCGUCAACGAGCGCGGCGGCGGCCACAGAGCUGGAGCAGGUGCUAAUCACGCCCAGCUCCCCGUCGUUGCCUACCGCGCCAACGCUAUCUCCCGGCCCCGAGGAACCGCCUGUGGAUGAGCGCUCCUCGCUCCUGGGGCGCGCCUGGGACCGCUCCGACCGACCCACAUCAGCUACACCUGCGUCUGCCCAAACCCCCGCCGUCAGCAGUGGAGGCAGCGGCAGCAGGGCCCCGCCGGGGCCGUCGUCGAAUGGAUUCCGUUUGACGGCUUCGGCUGCCUCCACGGCGGCAGGAGUGCGGAACCCGCCCUUCGGCCGCACCUCUGCGAGUGGAACCGCGGCUACAGCAUUCGGGAGGGGUGGUAGCGGUGUCGCAAGCAGUCUGUCGCCGUUCGAGACGAUGGCGCCGGCGACGGCGCUGCAGCCAGGCGGCGGCUCGGGUCCGGGGCUGAUGUCGCCCGGUGGUCGUAGCGGCGGCAGCGGUGUGCCCGUGGGCCGCGGCGGCUCCACAACCCGUGCUGGGCCUGAGCGCCAGGCCUCAACGCUGCUGCGUGCCAGCACUCUGGCUGGCGACCUGCACACAGCGGUGCCGGCGUUUCACGCACCCGGGGCUGGAUCCAUACCGUCCCAGGCAUCCGGUGCGUCAGCCACCGCGGGAGCAGGCGGCGGUGGCGGUGGCGCGGGUGGUGGUGCUAGUGCCGGCGCUGGUGCUGGCAAAGCCGUGGUGACCGGCGUCGCUGCCGGUGCUGCUGCUGGCGGGGCAAUGGGCCGGCGAGGCAGCGGCAAGUUUGGCGGCAGAGCCGGAGCAGGAGGGGGCGGGGGCGGAUGCAAGGAGGGAAUCGAGGAUGAGGGCGACCAAGAAACAGUGGCCCAGCUGAACGAGUACCUGCGUGACGAGCAGCUGCGACACGCGGCCGACACGCGGCUGUGGCUCAAGGUGGUCACACGCGCCACCCUCAAGCGCUCGCUCAUGGCGCUAAUCACGGGAUUUGGCUUGGGGGCAGCCAUCUACUUCUCCAAGACGACGUGGGGCACGGCGGAGCGGGCGGGCCUACCGCGCUGGCGCUGGUUCCUCAUCGUGGGUUGCCUGCCGCCGGUGUGGUACAUCCCCUGGUUCAGCAUCUUCCUGGUGGUACUGCUGCUGGAGUCGCUGCUGCCCGUCUCGGCGCCGGUGCGUGCGGGCGAGGGCGCCGGCCCCGCCCCCGGCUCGCCCGAGGAGCGGCGCGGCGACCCCGCGGGCGGCCCAGCCAUGGUCAUCUACCACAUCCUGGGCGUGCGCCGGCACAUGGUCCGCAUCCUUCGCUCCGUGUGCGGGCAGCUGCUGGCGCACUUUGUGGUGGUGGACUACCUGGACCCCGAGUACAAGAGCUCAGAGGGCACAGCCAUGAAGGCCUGGACGUGUGUGACCCUGUUCUUGCUGGCCAACUGCCUCAAGGCCUUCACGGCCAAGGCCCUGUCCAAGCACUUCCACUCGCGCGGCUACCUGCAGCGAAUGCAGGAGUCAGUCAAGCAGGAGUUGGUGCUGAUGGCGCUGUCGAGGCCCUGCCCCGGCCGCACCGCCUCCGACGCCCUCACGCACCUGGGCCUUGGCUACCACCUGGCAAACAUCUUCGGGUACAACUCCGGGCCGCACAUGGGCCACAGCAAGAGCGCCGGAGGUCUGUUGGGCGGCGGCGGGUGCGCCACAGGCGGCGGUGCCGGCGAGCUUGGUGGCGGAGGAGCUGGGAGGGGGGGCGGGAGUCACGGCGGCGCCAAGCCGGUGUCGCGUGUGGCGCUGGCGAGCCCGUUUGCGGGGCCGGCGGGCGCCGCGGCGCUGCGGGAUGUGCAGUCCAUGCCGCCCAACGCCGCGGCGGCGGUCAGGGCGGCAGAGGCGGCGGUGAACUCGGCAGCAGCUGCCGCCGCCUCCCAACAAGCCGGCCGCCGGAGCCACGAACGGGCAAACCCGCACGCCCACAGUACCGGUGACCUCCUGGCGCUGGGGAGCAAAGGCGCUGACGGGUCGGUGCACGGUGGCAGCCGCGCCGACGGCUCCGUUCGGGGCGGCACUGCAGGCCUGGGCGGCGGCUGGGGCAGUAGCGCGAGCGCAGGGAUGGGGCAGGGCGGCCGGAGGCCCUCGCGUGAGCUGGGGCGACAGGCGGCGGUUGGGGGCCGCGGCCGCGGCCGCCCGCACAGCUGGUCUGACCUGCUGCGCCUGUUCCGUCAGCAUUUCCACAAGACGUACGCCAAGACCAAGGUGCAAUGGGACCUCAGCCGCCCCUCAAACGGCAGUGUCGAUGGCGGCAACGCGGCUGUAGACGCCGCCAAUGCCGCCGCCAACGCCGUCAGCCCCGGCGUCGGCGGCCCUGUGGGCAUGGGCGCAACGGGCGGCGGCCCCGGCGGCGCAGCCGGCGGCGGGCGGCUGGGCCCUGGCAUUGGCGCGGCGGGUGGCGGCGGGGGGCCGGGCCGCCUUGACUUUAGUCAACUGCGCACGUCCCUGUUCUGGCUGGAGCAGCACAUCCGCCGCAACAAGCUGCGCAUGGGCGUCACGCUGUCAGACCAGCUGCGCGCGGCUGCAGAGGACGGCGAGGCUGUGAAGGAGGUGACGAGCAAGACGGAGGCCAAGCGCCUUGCCUUCUACAUCCACAUGAAUGUGCUGGGGCUGUCAGACCUGCGCGGCCGCAAGUACAUUGUGGCCCGCGACUUCGAGCACUUCUUCGGCACGGCGCAGGAGGUGCGCGAGGCCUUUGCGGUGUUCGACCACGACGGCGACGGGCGCAUCACACUGCAGAACAUGGUGGACACCGUGGUGCGCAUCUACAAGGAGCGCAAGAAGCUGGCGCUGACGCUGCAGGACACGCGCACCGUGGUGGCCAAGCUGGAGCUCAUAUGCGGCGUGGUGCUACACGUGCUGUUCGCCUUCGUGUACCUUAUCAUCUUCCAGGUCAACGUGCGAGAGCUGUGGCUGACGUUCAGCUCUGUGACGCUCGCCUUCGUGUUCGUGUUUGGCAACUCGAUCCGCUCCAUCUACGAGGCCGUGCUGUUCCUGUUCGUGGUGCACCCCUUCGACGUGGGCGACUACGUGCUGCUGGCCAACGGCGACAUGGUCAAGGUUGAGGAGAUCGCGCUGCUGUUCUGCACCUUCCUCAAGGGCGACGGCCGCCGCCUCUACUACCCCAACACCAAACUUAUGGGCGAGGCAAUCGUCAACGUCAGCAGGUCAGACACGUACUGGGACUCGGCGCAGCUGCUGGUGGACAUCGCCACGCCGGGGAGUGCGCUGGAGGCGGCGGAGACGCGGCUCAAGCGCUGGCUGGCAGACAACCCCAAGCAGUUCACCGGCUCGGCGGGUGUGCUGGCUCGCACGCUAACCAACCCCGCCAAGCUGCAGCUGUCGGUGUUCUGGGAGUACUGCCACCCUGGAGAGGACGCAGGCCGCACUGGCAGGUGGCGGAGCAAGGCGAUGCUGGUGCUGGCCGGGGCGUUGGACUCGCUCCACGUGUCGUACACGCUGCCGGCCAUGAAGGACACGCGUCCGACGAGGGAGGUGGCGGCAGCGGUGGGGCUCUUGGCAGACGACGGCACCGGCGUCACAGCCUCGGCGCGACUGGCCGCGGAGGCGGCGGGCGCGGGCGGAGGCAAUGGAGCCGUCACCGUGGGCGCGACUCUGGGCGCGAUGGGCGUGCAGCUGUGAGGCAGAGGUGUUGCAGGGACGCAGGGUGCUAUCAAUGGAGCACGGGGCGUGGGGGCCGGGCUGAAUGGUUGGAGCGCGUGCGUACCGUAUUACCAGGCCCGUUGGGGCGUGUGCGUGCGUGCAUACGGUGCACUAUGAGUCUGUGACCCCGUCCGGUUUUAAUAUGAGUGAGCGAUUAGCUGGUCGUGACUGUUAGUUGUGCGCGCGCUUGUGCCAAGGGGUUUAGCGGCGCCCAACCGCAGUCGGCAAGGAGCUUGCGAGAGGGUCGUGUGCGGGUGCGGGUGCAGGCCCGCCGGGUCGCCAGGGUGUGCAGCCCGCAAAAUAUGUCAUAACAUUGAAAUAUAGCACGGUUUAAUCGUGCAUUCGUGUAAGGGCUGAGCAAA